AUGCCAAGAGGUGUUAUGAUACAUGCCAUGCAUCAAUUUAAUGAGUUCAAUGACACUUAUAUCGAUAACAAAUACGAUAUAUCUGAUGAGCAAUAUUAUUAUGGCUCUAACAAACGCAAAAGAAAGACCGCUGCACCUCAGAAACGGGAAUCAACAGAAGAAGACUCAAGAGAAGAUGUCAAAAUGAUAUUUAAAAAUUCACCAUUUGGCCCUAUAAAUUUGGUUACAAAAGAAAGUAAUGUUCCACCUUCUUCCUUAAACGGUACAGAACACUCAAGUGAAAUUUCAAGUGAUGGCAAUGUAACUGCAUCUCCGGAACACGUUAGACUUUAUACUGCUAUGUUAAAUUAUUUUCUCAUGAAGUAUAAAACGUCGAAUGAUUUUAAAAGUGGAUCGUUUUCUACGUGCCCAUCAUUAGCGGAAGUCAAUCAUGGGUUUGAUAAAACAUCAGGCAGUUCUCUUUCCAACAAUCUGUCAAACUUAUUUUAUUCGACCCAUUUGAAUCAUUCUACAAAUCCUGUGACAGUUACUUCGAACAAGCAAAGCCCUUCUAAUGGAUCUUAUAAUGAUGAGUUCUACUACUCAAAUUCUAAAGAAAUUGAUAAACUUUACAAGCACAUUUCUACAAAAUAUGAAACAUACUUAGAUUGGCGGCAGAAUGUUUUAAAUUCUAUUAGCACUUGCAUAACUAAUAUACCUGUUCCAAAAUCUAAUUGUCCAAAUUAUGAAGCCAUGUCUGUUUGUUAUAAGUCGUUAUUAGACAGAGCUUACGCUUUACAACAAUCUGUGGAAUUAUAUUUUGGAAUGAUCCAAAAUUCCCUCUCCUAUAAUUCACUUCCACAUCAACAUUUAGAUGAUGUCAGUAUAAAUUCUCCAGUUCACAAUCCCACUUGGGGUGGACAGUCAAAUAACAUCACUAACUUUCCAGUUCAACCACCGUACACCUCAAGCUCAUAUUCUUCGGUAAAUUUGUCGGCUGUUCUUACUGAUAUUUUUCAGUCCAAUAACACUGCAGUCAGUAAUCAAGAGUUGAUUAAUGAGUACAAACGAGUUUCCAGCGUGGCCUUUGAACAGUCUAAUCAGCUUUCGAGUACUUAUGUAUCUGAGAGUCAAGCUCAAACCAGUUUACAGUUACCAGUGGACUUGACAAACUCAGAAAAAAAUAAAACCACUGAUCCCUUUAUUUUAACUUUGCCGUCACAUGUUGAGGCAAAAGCACACAACUCAGAUAAGUCAAAUAAAGAAAACCACGACUAUUCCGCAAACGUAGAACCGGAUAGGUGUGAUCUAGCACAAAAGUCUGAACACAGUCGAAUUCCAACUUUAAAAGGAGAUGGAGAAUAUGCAUUCUCAAAUGCUACUGAACACAACAUGGUUUCUAACGUCGAUGUUCGAAAUGGUUUUGUUUCUCAAACCCUAAAGCAUGCUGCCAGUAAUAUGCUAUGUAGCUCAAUUAUUAAUUGCUCUCCAAGAUCUAAUAUAAAUAUAAGAAAAAAGGUUUAUUUUAAGUCAAAGCGUGUAAAAAAAUCAUUUACAUCAAAUUCGGUGCAGAACAACAACAACGUUUGUCCGGAAAACUCCUCUCCUAAGAAAUCCAAUUUCAGAGGGACUAGCGAGGAGGAAAAUAAAGUAGCUCCCAAUUUCAAACCGAUUGAAGUGAAUAGUCAAAUAUUACUAUCUGAAGCUCAUCCAAAUGUGAAAUUAUCCAAAGAUAUAUUUUAUAGUUUAAUUGUAAAAUCAUCUGGAAGUGCUACGAGAUUAAUCAGAUUACUGAUGAAAAGUUUUUUUACACAAGAUGAAUUGGCUGCUUCAUCAUUAUCUGGUGAAGGUAUUUAUAAACAGCGCCUAGAACCAAGUGUUACGGAAGCAAUUAAAAUAUUUAUACGUCAAAGACAUCCACAAUUAAAAACUGGAUCAAUUAAUUUAUGUAUGACAGAUGUAUGUGUUCAAGCUAGGAGAGUUGCUAAUAAUCAAAGAAGUCGACAACAUCCUUUAAGAAAUUCACCAAUUAUGCAAGAAUCUUUAAAAUCACAUAGAAAUUGUACAAAUGAUCAAGAAGAAUGUGAUAAUCUAUUAGGACUUAAAAGUCGAACAAAUAAUUCAAUUCGUUUAAAUUCAACUGGAAAAUUGCAAAAACAUAAUCGUGAUAUUGUAACAACAACAACAACUACUACUAAUUCUACUCCACCUACAACAAAUUCUCUAACAAAUGAAUAUGAUUCUAAUUAUUGUAUAGAAAUGUCAAAAUCUGAAAUUAAUGAUACACAUUUUUCAGAAUCAGAAAAUGAUGAACCUAUUUUACAAAUAGUUGAUGAACGAAAUGAAAUCGCUUCAGAUAAUGUUGGUACACCAGCAUCGUGUUCAGUUAAUUCUUUUAUGUCAGAUCAAAAAUAAAAUUGAAUAUUAAAUUUUUAAAAAAGAAGAAAAUAAUGAUAAAAAAAUAAACAAAAAAAAAUACAAAAAUUAACUGGUAAACUAUUUAUAAUCUAUUGCAGGCUGUGCAUGUUUCUCACCAUCUCUAUACUUUAUU